AUGGCGGCUCCCUUCAGUUUUGCUCCGGCUUCGGGAGCCAACACUGUGCCUAUUUUCGGCUCCAGCGGCACGACGUCGUUGAACACUGCUAGCACGCCUGCCUUCGGCACCAGUACCGGCACAACCGUUUCCAGCGGCAUCGGACAGUUCGGCGCUUCAUCUACACCGGGUGCUGCGGUGACCUUCGGCGCCGCUAACAAGGUGGGUGGCGGCGGAUUCGGCCAGCCUGCGCCCGCUGUCAGCGCCAUCCCGCAGAAGGUCAACUCCCGUUGCUCUGUGCGUCUGUUGACUCAGCUCAUCCCGCAAUGGCGCGGCCAUUUCGACGUGGCCGACCUGCUUCUGACUGCGCACGAGAAGAACAUCGCGAAGGUGCGGCCCAUGGUCGACCGGCUGGUGGAGCUCGACGCGCAGUGCUGGCAAUCGCAUGACGAGAUCAAGAACUCGCUUAACGGCAUAAGCCUGUUACAAACAAAGCUGCAGCACGAGGUGAACGACCGCUGCAAGCGCCAGGAUGCGCAGAACCUGCUUUCCAUAAAGGCAAGGCGCCUGUCGGAGUCCCUGCGCCCAAACGAGACCCCGAGGGGGAGCAAGAUUUCCGCGAUGUUCCGCGUCCCCAACCACCUGCACGUGCAGCUGACCAAGGAGCUGCUUGAUAACAUCCGUUCGUGGCGCAACGAGAUCCACGUGCUUAAUAUGGAGGUGCUGUCGCUGAAGGACAUCGACUUGUCGCAGUACGUGACCACGGUGAAUCGCGUCCUUAGCAGUCACGAGAAACGCAUCUCCACGAUCGGCGACCGUCUAACAAAGGCACUUAGGGGCAUGGAUGAUAAAUCCCGCAACCGUGAAGAGCUUUGGAGCGGCGUGGCCGACGAACCCAGCGAGUUGAAGAAGGCCUUCCUGACAGCAGUGGGCCUUCCCAUCCGCCCCCCUGCAAGCGAAGGCGAGCCAAUAGCGACUUCCAGCAGCGACACCGGUAACGAGAUCAAGAAGCAGAUUGCUUACCUGCGAAAGUUCAACACCGCGUUCCGCGAGACUGGCAGCUACAACCUUGACCAGUCCGGUUACAACAUCCGCGAGAUUCUGCAGCAGCCCACGCAACCGCCUACCAACUCACAACUGUUCGGCGCAACGCAACCGUCGACCGGUUUGUUUGGAGCAGGCACUGCAGGGUCUACCACGACGCCCUUAUUUGGAGGAUCAACGGCCAACUCUGGAGGCCUGUUCGGCAACACCGGCGGCAGCAACUUGUUUGGCGCUGCUUCUAAACCGGCAGGCACCACCAACGUGUUCGGUAGCACUGCUGGAACUACCGGAAGCACCCUGUUUGGCGGUUCGACAACUGCUGCAACAGGAACAAAUGUAUUCGCUCCCGGAGGAACAGGCACGAAUGUCUUUGCCCCCGCAGGAACAGGAACCAACGUAUUCGCCCCCGGAUCGACAGGCACGAAUGUGUUCGCUCCAGGAGGAACAGGAACCAAUGUGUUUGCCCCCGCAGGAACAGGCACGAACGUGUUUGCCCCAGGAGGAGCAGGCACCAAUGUAUUCGCCCCCGCAGGAACCGGCACCAAUGCUUUCGCUCCUGGAGCAACAGGCGCACCGAACGUUUUUGGCGGUGCCGCCACCGGUACCUCAGGCACACCCAACGUGUUCGGAGCAGGCGCCACUGGCACGUCUACCACCACAGGUAUUUUCGGAGCGGGCUCCACUCCCACCUUCGGCCAACAACAGCAGCCGAACACAACUGGCAAUGUCUUCGGGCAGCAGCCAGCUUCAUCGGGAGGCCUGUUCGGCCAACAGCAGCCGUCGACAUCGGGAGGAUUGUUUGGGCAACAGACCAACACCACGGGCGGGCUGUUCGGUCAACAGCAGCCUGCUGCCUCCGGCGGCCUCUUCAGGCCACAGCAGCAGCAGCAGGGCGCAACGGGAGGCCUCUUUGGCCAGCAGCCAACUACGGGCACGGGCCUGUUCGGACAACAGCAGCCUGCCACGACUACAAACGUAUUCGCUCAACAGCCUGGAACCACUACCGGGGGCCUCUUCGGCAACACGACCACGACGCAGCCGUCCACGACAUUCACCUUCGGCCAGCAACAGCAGACUCCCGCAACUGGCAAUGUCUUCGGCCAACAACAACAGCCGAACACAACUGGCACUGUCUUCGGGCAGCAGCAGCAGACUCCCGCAACUGGCAAUGUCUUCGGCCAGCAGCCUGGCACCACGGGUGGCGGCCUAUUUGGCGGCGCUGGCAACUCUACAUCGCUGUUUGGCCAGCAGAACACUGGUGGCCUGUUCGGGCAGUCCACGUCAACCGCGACGCCGACCCAGCCUUCGAAGAGCACGGCCAUCGUGCCUUACAACCCCAACCCGCUUCUGCGGUGA